UUAAAUUAGACCCUUAACAUGUUUCCUGUUAAUAUAUCAGUGUGUUUGAGUGUGUUUGAGUGAGUGAUAAGAUUAGGCCAACGGGUAAACGUUCCGCUCAGUGAUAACAGGCCGCUGAAACUUGACAAAAGUGUAAAUAAAAGAAGCCUAAAGUCGGUGAAUUACUCAUUUGAAAGAAUUGCGAAUUAGUGGAAGCUUCAUAUACUAUAUCCAUGUUUGGUUGUGCGGUGAAUGCGAUUAACGGCCGCGAUCUGACCUGACACAGCUGUCCCAAUAGCUUCGGAUAACGAGAUUGAUAUAUAAAGAUAUAGACAAUGGCCUCCAAUAGCAGCAGCACCACCGAUCUGGAUAGCCAGGUCAAUGUGGAGGACUUGCCCAUAACGUUCAAGGUAAAAUACAUUGGCUCGGAGGUGGCUCGUGGAUUAUGGGGCAUCAAGUACACCCGCCGGCCCGUGGAUAUUAUGGUGGGCGUGGCCAAGAACCUGCCGCCCAACAAGGUCUUACCGAACUGUGACCUAAAGGUAUCCACCAACGGCGUCCAGCUGGAGAUCAUUUCCCCCAAGGCCAGCAUCAACCACUGGAGCUAUCCCAUUGACACAAUAUCGUAUGGAGUGCAGGAUUUGGUCUACACCAGGGUCUUUGCAAUGAUUGUGGUCAAGGAUGAGGCUAGUCCGCAUCCGUUCGAGGUGCACGCCUUUGUCUGCGAUAGCCGGGCGAUGGCCCGUAAGCUGACCUUUGCCCUGGCCGCCGCCUUUCAGGAUUACAGCCGAAGGGUUAAGGAGUUGGCCGGGGAGGAGGAUGACCAAACUACCGGGGACACCAUAACGCCGACUCGCCAAAAGUUCGCCAUCGAUCUGCGGACACCGGAGGAGAUCCAGGCGGGCGAACUGGACCAGGAGACGGAGGCGUAGGCGUAGGCAACGUGGGGUUGUGUUCAAUGUCAAUGUGAUGUCAUAGUUACUUAUCGUCCAGUGUCCACUGUAUUUUGUAUAUUUUGUAGUUCUCUCACCUGGUAGUUGCCUCAUACAGCUAAUUACCCAAAGCUUAAGUGUUAAUGCGAUUUGUAAACGAU